AAUGUCGAUACAUGUCUUUUAGAUAAUAUCUACAAGUUUGGAGGUACAAAUAGUUUAAUCCUUUUCUCAUUAUCCUCCUUUCUCCCACUCCCCUCCUUUCAUCAUCCUCUCAUUCAGUCAUUCAUUCCUUUUCAUUUCACGCCCAUAGAAAAUUUAAAUAAUUGAAAAAUCGAUAGAUGGGAAAUUGCCAGGCUGUGGACGCGGCGGCGCUGGUCAUACAACACCCCAGCGGAAAGCUGGAGCGGAUGUACUGGCCGCUCACCGCCGGCGAAGUAAUGAAACUGAAUCCCGGCCACCACGUGUCCCUCAUCAUCCCCCUUCCCGCUCCCGACGAAGACGCCAGCAGGGCCGUGCGCUUCACCCGCGUCAAACUCCUCCGGCCCACCGACACCUUGGUUCUCGGAAGAGCCUAUCGGCUGAUCACCAAUCAAGAGGUGAUGAAGGUUUUGAAGGCCAAAAAGAGUGCAAAGAUGAAGAAGAAGAUUUCAUCAGAGAAUAUGCAGCAGCAAAGGCGAUGUGGGGAAGAAGAAGAAGAAGAAGCUCUCAAGUCAGGACCUGCCGAGAGGAUUAAUCAGGCCAAAAGAUGUGAAAGACAACGGGCGAGGUCUGGGCAACCAAGCAAUGCUGCAGGAGGCGGCUCUAAACAGUGGCGUCCUUCCUUGCAGAGCAUUUCCGAAUCCGUGAGCUGACGACAGUCACCGAGACGUACAACACACCGAGUUGAGCAAAAUCAAGUUUUCAAGACGAUUCACAGGUUUGUUCUAAUGAUCGAUGAUGAAGCUAGUAAUUGUGCGCGCUACUUUUGUGUAUAGUUGGAAGAGAAGGCAUGCUUGCAAUUAAAAGACAUAUGUUUGCUCCUUGGAAAAUUUCCCACAGUGAUGAUGAAUCUUCAAUGUUACUUGCAUCUGAUAGUCAUCUAUUGAUACAAGCUUAUAUAUGCUUGGGACUAAACCCACUACACCAUAAAUUUGCAAAAUCAACUCCCACUAAUAAAGAAUUUGAUGUGUAUAUCAUUCCAUACAUUAGGAUGUGAUUAG